CAAGAGUUAUCUGUCCAUCGAAUACUCUUCAAUGGCGGAUGUUUUGAAACAAGUCUGGACAUUUCAAGAAAAUAAAGAUGCAAACCUAGUUGCAUGCUGAAUAAAAACAGUGAUGUCAUCUGUUUUAAGACAAGACGUUGACUUUAAUUCACUCUUUAAGAAACUUGGUCACCAUCUUGAAGAGAUAAGAGUGAGAGCAUUAGAGAAUAUUUUGUCUAAGUUAGAACACAAGCUUAUUUGUGAUUCAGAUCUUGUUCAGGAACGACAUCUAUUUAUUCAGCUUCUAGAAUGGUUCAAUUUUCCUAAAGCUUCCAGGCAUUCAGAUGUCCUCAACUUACUUCUUAGAUUAUCAGAGCAUACGUCUGCUGCAGAGGUCAUUCAGGACAUUGGCGGUAUAGAGUUUUUAACUGUUCUACGUAAAGAUGUAACAUCAGCUUUACAACCAAUCAUUGACCAGAUUCUAGAAAAUACUAUGAGAUUACCAGAUGUACAACCUCAGGAUCAUGCCCCGGAAUGCAUAUAUCAAAAACAGAACAAUACAGGUAUGACAGGUGGUAUGGAGACUACAGUGGACUCUGUCAACACAAGACUUACCAUGGAGCACUCUGCUGUCCCUAGUUCAUAUGUACAAACAGAAACUGCCCAAAAACUGCCAGAUUACAGAGAACCGCCCCUUGGCUUCUUUGAGGGUGACCCUGGUUCAGCCCCUGACCUACAGAACAUACCACUUGAACAUCAACAACAAAUUAAUGUAGAAGUUGCCACAGAUGGAAGUGCUUGCUUUAAGAUGACAAUAUUUCCAUGGUUACCUCUUACACCAACAGAUAGACAUGUUAUAGUAUCUACUAACAGUUCUCUACAGAGUCGGGAAGCCUCGAUGCUCGUGAGCACGUGUGAAUUUCUCAGCGAUGUUGUGUUUCAGGACUUCCCUGCUGAAAUAUUUCUACAGCGACCUAACAUCAUCAAGAACUUGCUAUCAUUGCUAAGUGGCCCAAGUCAGGAUCUUGGUAGACCUCAACUUCAGGCAGUUAGAACUCUGGCAGACUAUGCCUCAUGUUUGAGAAGUAAAAUCAACUGUCAUCAAGAUCCUAACCUGUAUACAUCUAAACAAGAUUUUAGUUCUACGCCAACACCAUUUUCUACACCCAGCAGCAGUACAUCAGCUCAUAAUAAUGCUGAUGGUAGGCCGUCAGUGAUUGGCUGGACAGACAUGCGUCACCGUGGUGAUGGUAGGGAUGGCGAUACAUCAGCUUCUUCUACAGGGUCUUCCCGUGCAUCCAGUGUUGGUUUAAACCCGGCAGAGAAUGAACAGAUGGACUUCGAGGACAUGCAGUCACUUCAGUUCAUACAGAUGACCAUACCUCAAUUCUGUGCUGUUGUCCUCGAGAAAUCUCUCCCACUGUUGAAAACCAACGAUGAAGUCCUGUCAACGGAGGUGUUCCGUUUAUUGACCCAGAUGUUGGAAAUUAUUGUUGCCAUAGUGACGCCUGAACUUUGGUUCGAUAAUUCAAUGGCUGGAAGAGAUUGCAGUGAGAAGUUUAUAGAAAGUUUGGAUGUACUCGCUGACCUUUUAAAGUAUCAUCACCAUAGCAACAUGCCAUAUGACAUAGAAGAGAGUACAGUUCAAGGACCUAGUGACCUUGUACAACACAGACUGGCAUAUAUUGGUCUUUCAGUUUUCAUGGGCAACUUUCUGAAGACACUGGUCCCAAUUGCAAAGAGUAGAGGAAUUAUAUCAGAGAACCUUUUGUCAGCAUUAAACAUGAUGGUGUAUGAUGAAUGCCUUAGCAACGCACUUCCUGACCUCCAAGUUUUGUUGCUAGGAUACAUGAAACAACUGGAUGAAGGGAGAUACAAUGUCUAUGUUUCCACGGCAACCAUUUGUCAAUCACUUCAAAAGACUUGUAAAUUUUUGACAUUGUGUCAAGAAGAGGCAUCAAGGCUAUCCAAGGAUACGUUAAGUAUGUGCGAGGGAGCAUUUAUAUGUCUACCAUAUCAUCGUCACUUGAACUAUGUCACAGAAAUUAUCAAACUUUCCUCAGAUGUGUGUUCAAAAUCCCAGCAUUACGAGGUUGCACAAGACUCGUAUAGGAAGUUAGUGUUAAAAUGUUUGUCUCAUCCCAUAGACAAGAUCAGACUUCAUGCCUAUAUAAAUGUCCUAAAUACAGUAAAGACUCAUUUGAGUGUAGCUAAAGCCUCAGAUCCUACCUCUACGUCAUGUCUGAAGGUAAAAUUUAUCAUCAAUGCUGACAUACUGUAUGAGGUUAUAGUGUUUGGUUUGGCUGACAAAGAUGCGAAGAUAGCAAGUUGUGCGACAGAUAUAAUGUCUCACCUGUUGAAGAGUCAGUUAUUGAUGUCUACAGAAUUAUGGCAGGCUUUCCUACAAGCUGUGAUGCGAGGAUUACCUAUAUUACAAUCCUAUGCUGGACCUACAACAGUUAUUGGGACAACAGUUUUGUCUAUGUUGGAACCAAAGUCAUCAGAAUCCCCAAAUGAACUUUCACACAUAGAGAAAUUCAGGGGUACAUUAAGAUGUAUGCUGUCUUCAGACUUAAAAGUCAGAGCUGAGGCAUUGAAGAGACUUUCAUGGUAUCUAUCAAAUGAGACUAACAGUGGUAAAAAAUUGCCUGUGUUUUCUGACCUUGAUGUCUCAAAUCUAUCCAACAUUUUCAUUGUUGAUACACAAAGAUCUGUAGAAGACCUCGGGAGAUCUGUCUUUCAGGUUGAUGGAUUACGGAAAGUUUAUGAAAUAUUUACAUCACUCUCUGUCGAUCCUGGUGUGAAGAAAUCGGCUGUAGAUCAGCUUGCUAUUAUACUGCAAGACCCUACUCUUCACCCAGCAUUUAAAAAAGAUGGCGGAUUUGAGAAGAUAUUGGCACAUCUUCAGCUUGGUGUACUUAGAGAUGGUGACUCUAAUACUAACAACAAUAUACAGUAUUUACCUGGAUGUAUGACAGUAUUGAGACAUCUUAUACACCAUGACUACUCACUGAGACAUAAAAUGGCUCAUAAUGCCAGCUUGUACUAUACACUGCUUAGAGUGGCACUUCUCCAUCAUAGAGAUGAGAGAACAUGUUAUGAAGUUUCUCAUGUUCUCACUCUACUCUUGUUUGAUGAACAAGCUAGAUUCUACAUGGGAGGAAGCAAAACUACUACAUUUUCUAUUCCAAACAUUGUCAAGCUAAGGUACAAACUACCAUUCCGUGCUAACACACAUUUUGAGAAGAGUCCAAACCGGUGUGCGUCACCACCGGAUCCAGAUCCUCUAAUGACCGGACAGCCUCUAGAGAUGAUGAGGAUAACGUGGAAUGCAGCAUGGCAUUCUGGGAUGGAUUCUCUGGUUAAAACAUUAGCAGAGAAUAAAUCACUGGAUGCUAAUCAAGAAUUUUCUCCCAAGUUAAAGCUAACCCCAACAGAUCGUGUUGUAUCUGUGACCAGUCAUGUGAAACAGGGACUUCAGUCAGCAAUCUAUGACAUAUCUAACUCUACAUCACACCAUGCCGUGUCAAGGUCACUGACCCGAUUACUCAGUUAUCUGGUGGUAAGAUGCGAUAAAGCUGUCACAACAAUCUUCCAUACACUAGACUGGUGUGGAGCCAUUGCUAGGUUUGUUAAAGUGACACCUUCAUCAUCAGCAGAUGAGUCCCUCCUGUUAGACAUACUGAGAUUCAUCAGCAUAGUUCUAAAACUGACCAAUCAUGCUCCAGAUAACAUCUUACAGUGGGUCGGAGAGGUGCUUUAUCAUCCAAAAGGUCCCCUGAUUGGUCUGCUACAUAGACAGGCAGCAAGAGAGGCUGCUGAGGAAGUAUCUGAGCCUUUAGUUAAUAUCAAAAGAAGCCUGGACAAGUCUCUCCUUGCAUUUAUAUCAGCUUAUAACAGUUCCCUGCCAUAUCAGCUAACUGUCAGGUUGAAGUUUCACCAGCUACGGGGAGAUUUAGCUUACAAGUUAAUACAGAGACUGAAUGUGACAGAUGCUCCACAUUUCUAUAACCUAGCGUCACUAGAGGGAACAUUACAGUGUCUCAUGCACAUCACAGCAAGGUAUGUGUGGCCGGGUUUUGGAUCGGGGAAGGGUUUACAAAACCCAAGAAAAAAGAUGUGGCCUAAGAAAUGGUUGUACUCCCGACAUGCUGAUGAUGCGAGUGGAGACCUUGGUCUUGACUGGAUGCUUACAUUGUGGGCAUACAGAGAUGCUGAGGUAAGGAGUGCUGGCCUUGGGAUUGCUGUGACGUUGAGUAUAACAGAGGAAGGUCGUCUGCUGCUGACUACAAAUUGUAAACAUAUCCCAGGAGGCAUUUGGGCGGCAGCUUUCAGUAUACUGCUGGACCAAUCAGAAUGCAGUAUGGUGCGUCAACAGGCUGCUUUAUUAUUGGUCAACCUGACAUCACACAGUUUACCCAGCGGAAGCUCCGAGUCUGACCACAAAACCUGGCUAGGCCCAGUUGUCAUGGAUACAGAAUCUCAGGUUUCCCUGACGGGACUCACUGCCCUCCUGGCCCUGUUACAUCAUUGUCAGUUCUACAGAGAGAUGACAGUACUGUUGUCGAGUUAUUACCCACAACCCACUAUCCAGCCAUCUGUGACCUCUGACCUUUACCAGUUAUCAGCUUCUGCCUCAGACAACACACUGUCAGUUCUAG